AUGGCCUCCAACGCCGGCGUCCUGGCCUUGCUUCUCCUCUCCGCCGCCGCCGUCGGUGCGCUUGCCUUCGACGUGAACGAGAUCCUCUCACCGGAGCCCGACUUCUCCACCUUCACCAAGUACCUCACCGACACCAAGGUGGCCGACGACAUCAACAGCCGCAAGACCAUCACCGUCCUCGUGCUCGACAACACCGCCGUCGCGCCGCUCGCCGGCCUCUCUGCCGCCCAGCUCAAGGACGUCCUCUCCGUCCACGUCCUCCUCGACUACUACGACCCCGACACCCUCGACCGCGACUUCAAGAACAAGACCGCGCUCAUGACCACCCUCUUCCAGACCACCGGCCGCGCCGCCGACAACAACGGCUUCCUGAACUACGCCGAGAAGGCCGACCAAAGCAUGUUCUUCGGCUCCGCCGCCGCCGGAGCCCCCCAGGACUCUGAGCUCAUGAAGGUCAUCGGCGCGCGGCCGUAUGAUCUGUCGGUCAUCCAGAUCAGCAAGGCCAUCAUUCCGCCUGGCAUCGCCGGCGGAAGCACCGCCACACCCGCCGGUGGAAGCGCCACCACCUCCCCGGCCACAGCGUCUCCCAAGUCCCCCGGCGACAAGACCACCUCCCCAGCCGUAGAGGCUCCCAAGGACGGCGCUAGCAAUGCCACCUCUGCUUCUCCCAAGUCCGACCCUCCGGCAGGAAGCGCCUCCUCGCCCGCCAAGGAACCAGUUUCAGAUGCCAGCUCUCCCUCAGAAGAUACUCCAGACGACGGCACUGCCUCGGGUCCCGCUUCCAGCGACUCUGCAGUGGCGCCGGGCCCUGCCAGCGGGAAGAAAGCCAGCUCGGCGGAGAGGACGGUGGCUGGGGCCGCUAUUGGGCUCUCCAUGGGCAUGGCCCUUGUUUGUGGGCUUUAA